AUGAGAAAAAUAGGUCCUUAUCCUAAAUAUUAAUUUAAGUAUUCUCAAGAUGAUUAUCCUUAUAAUUUAGAAUAUAAGAAAUCAGCUUAAGCCUAAAAAUAAAUAGAUCCUAAUAAAUUAUAAGAAUUUUAUAUUGAAAUUACACCCACAACAGUCUAAUAAGUAACUGAUGAAUUAAGUCUCUCUAUUCUUCAAGGUAUUGAUGAAGGAAAAGAUCUCAUUUAUGUUCGUUUUGCUGAAACUGGUGGACAUUGUAUAAAUCUAAAAAAUUUGAGGUUGAUCAAUACUCUAAAUGGAAAAUCCAGAUAGAUUUAUUUAGAAGUACCUUUAGGUAGAACACUUCUUAAAUAAUACAAUAAAGCAUAGAUAUCACCACAAUAAUCUAAUUCUAAAUUAACUUAUACAUAAUUCCAUUGGUUUGAAAGGAAUAAUGGUAAGUUUAAACCUUUAUAAUUAUCAAUUAGUGAUACAAUUGAACACUUCUAUCAAAAUGCUUGUUAGACUGGAGUUUCAAUCUAUGAAUUUACAUGGCAAUAACAUAGAUUUAUUGUAGAUCUUAAAGAAAACACUCUUGAAAAUACAAAUACCUUAACAAUUAAUCAUAUUUAAAGGAGAAAUAUAGAAAAACAAUAUUAAGAGGAACCAAAAAAACCAAUAAGUAGAGGAGCUUUAAAAGAAAUUAUAUGGUAAUACUAAUUAUAACCAAAAUCAUAUGAAUGGAAUAAUUAUGAUUAAGAGAAUACAGAUGCACUUGAAAAAGCAUAUUAAAAAUAUUGUAAAAAUUCAACUAAAUAAAAUACUUUAAAAGUAAUUAGAAAUACUUCAAAAUAUUAUAUUGAUUUUGAUAAGAUGAUUGAAUACAAUUUAUUAAAUAAAGAAUCACGAUAGAUUCGUAGAUUUCUUUAAGAAGGUUGA